AUGUCAAGUACAUCGCAAAACCAGCAACGCAACCCACAGCUGAAGCCCAUCUCCGUCUCCUCGACAGGUGCAUAUUCAGCUUCGCCAUCGCAGCUCACCCUGUCGUCCGACGCAACCACAGCCUAUCAGCACAAUCCUUACCAACAGCAGCACUACACCUAUGCAUCACCGCACCAACAAGUACCGGGUGGCUUCGCCUUCCCACAACAGACCCACUACUCGCCCCACCCACUGCAAGCACAACAUCAGCUCCCACCACAGCAUCAGCAACAACCACCGCCACAAUCCCUCUCGACCGUCUCACCGACCAUCAGCCGUAAGCGCCGCGCUUCGGAGCUGGGAGGUGGGGAGUCGGCACUCUCGGCCUCCUCAAGCAGUACCUUCACCGGCCCAUCCGGUCUCGUCACUAACGCCUAUGGCGCUCCUCUCGAGCAGAUAGAUUCGGUUCAGGGUGGUCCCGUCAACACUCAAUUGCCGAGUCCUGGUGUCGCGAGGAAGGGCAGGACGAAUACGCCAUGGACGCCUGCCGAAGAGCAGAGGUUGAAGACUAUGCGUGAUGCGGGUAGUAGUUGGAGUGAGAUUGCCAAGACUUUCCCUCUGAGGACGGAGGGGAGUGUGAAGAAGCAUUGGUAUAAGGACAUGCACUACGCCGAGUUCGCGGAAGACGAGAGCGCCACGCUGUUGCAGGCUAUCAAGCACUACGAGAACAACAAGUGGAAGGUCAUCGGACAGAAAGUUGGCAAGCCUGCUAAGGCUUGCGAACAAUUUGCCAAAGAGCAAGGCUGGAAAGUCUAG